UUAUAUUUUUUCCCGCCAGCCGUGCCUGCCUGCUUCCUCCUCCUCCUCUCUCUCACACUCCAUGAGGUAGGGGUGUGGGUUGAUUGUACACAAUGAAAGAAAAGAAGAAGUCGAAAGAGAACUGCCUUGUGCUGAUGUCAGGAGCAGGGCUGGCGGAGAAGAGGGUGUGAUUUGAGUUUGGCUGAGCUUUAGACAGCUCUCUAUCUUCGAUUUCCAACUUCCAGGGCGCUGAGACGGGCUGCAAGUGGCAGCAAUGAUCGGUUGCAUAUUCUUGAUGAAUACUGGGGCGAGAUGAUAGCUCAUGUUUUGCGCAUGGAGCUCAGGAAUAAUCUCUGGCAGUGGAGAGUUUGCCAGUCAGUGGGAUAAACAGUGCUGAGGCAUAGAGGGGAGCAAGGACAGCACCAUGUCCGACAACAAGGAGUGGGCCACGCUCAGCCCAGAGGAGUUCACCCAGCUGCAGACGUAUAUCGAUUACAGCUGCAAGAAGGUACAAGAUGUGCUCCAGGAAUUUUAUGGAGAGGGCACGUUGUGCCAGUACCUGCAAGGGGAUUCAAUAAACUUUGAGGGCUUCAAGAUCUUCUUGAAAACUUACUUGGAAGCAGAGGAGAUAUCGGAUGAACUUUGCCGCCACCUCUUCAUGUCCUUCCAGACGACAGCAGGACAGGCCACAACAGAGCCAGCCAGUGGUUUCGUUUGCGUCAAUGAUGUCUCUUGUUACUUUUCUCUGCUGGAAGGCGGAAGACCAGAAGACAAGCUGGAAUUCACCUUCAAGCUCUAUGACAAAGACGGGAACGGCCUUCUCGACAGUUCAGAGGUGGAUCGCAUAAUCACACAGAUGAUGCGUGUGGCUGAAUAUCUGGAAUGGGAUGUCACUGAACUUAAGCCAAUCCUGCAAGAGAUGAUGCGAGAGAUUGACUACGAUGGCAGCGGCACCGUCUCCCUCUCUGAGUGGCUCCGUGGCGGUGCCACCACGGUCCCCCUCCUGGUGCUACUUGGGCUGGAGGCUACGAUGAAAGACGACGGGCAGCACCUGUGGCGCCUGAAGCACUUCAACCGCCCCGUUUACUGCAACGUGUGUGAGACGCUGCUCUUGGGGCUGCGGAAGCAGGGGCUGCGCUGCACUUUCUGCAAGUACACGGUGCAUGAGCGCUGUGCCCGCAAGGCCCCACCCAGCUGCAUCAACACCUAUGCCAAGAGUCGCCGUGACACCAGCGCACAGGCGCAUGUCUGGGUAAGAGGCGGCUGUGAUGGCAGCAAGUGCGACCGGUGUCAAAAGAAGAUCAAGAGCUUUCAGAGCUUGACAGGCAUGCACUGUGCCUGGUGCCAUCAGAAAAUCCAUGACGAGUGCCUCUCUCUCAUGCCUUCCGCCUGCGACUGUGGGAUCCUCAGAGACCAUAUCCUGCCUCCUUCUGCCAUCUACCCAGUUGUGCUGGAGCGGCAGAACAGCCAGAAGAACGGACUGUGUGGAACUCCUUCAGAAGAGCCAGCGCAGCCUUUUACCACCCCAGAGGGCCAGGCCUUGCGGAUCAUCCCUGUGCCUGACACUCACCCCUUGCUUGUCUUUGUGAACCCUAAGAGUGGCGGGAAGCAGGGAGAGAGAGUGCUGCGGAAAUUUCAGUAUCUCCUCAAUCCACGACAGGUCUACAACUUGCUGAAGGGGGGCCCUGGACCUGGGCUGAAUUUUUUCCGGGAUGUGCCCGAUUUUCGUAUCCUGGUUUGCGGUGGUGACGGCACUGUGGGCUGGAUCUUGGAUGCCAUUGAUAAAGCCAACUUACCCACUCGGCCUCCGGUGGCCGUGCUGCCGCUGGGAACUGGCAAUGACUUGGCCCGUUGCCUUCGUUGGGGAGGAGGUUAUGAUGGUGAAAAUUUGGUGAAGAUUCUGAAGGACAUUGAAAUGAGCAGCAUCCUGCAGAUGGAUCGCUGGUCAGUGCAGGUGAUACCUGAUAACCCUGAAGAGAAAGGUGACCCGGUCCCCUACGAGAUCAUCAACAACUAUUUUUCCAUUGGUGUAGAUGCCUCCAUUGCUCAUCGAUUCCACGUCAUGAGGGAGAAAUACCCAGAGAAAUUUAACAGCAGGAUGAAGAACAAACUGUGGUAUUUUGAGUUUGCCACCUCUGAGACCAUCUUCGCCACCUGCAAAAAACUCAAGGAGUGUCUGUCUGUAGAGUGCUGCGGGCAUCCCCUGGACCUCAGCGGAGCACUUUCCGGAGUGGCCAUCCUGAACAUUCCCAGCAUGCACGGGGGCUCCAACCUCUGGGGCGAGACCAAAAGGCCUUUGGGGGAGGCAGCCGCACGAAGCACAGCAGGGGGAGCAGCGCAGCCCCAAGUCAUCACUGAUUCUGAAACCCUGAAGAACUGUGUUCAAGACCUGGGCGAUCGGCGGAUGGAGGUGGUGGGCCUGGAGGGCGUGAUUGAGAUGGGACAGAUCUACACAGGGCUGAAGAGUGCAGGCAAGCGGCUGGCCAAGUGCUCUGAGAUCACACUGCGAACGCUCAAGCAUCUCCCCAUGCAGAUCGAUGGAGAGCCAUGGAUGCAGGCUCCAUGCACGAUCAAGAUAAUUCACAAGAACCAAGCCCCCAUGCUCAUCGCACCACCUCCCCGAUCCUCCAGCUUUUUUGGCCUGAAGAAGGCACCACAGGAGGCUUAGAAGGGAUUUCUGUGCCUGCCUGGGAAGAGAUGUGUUCAUGAUGUAUCUCCAGGGCCUCUGUUGGAAUGCCUGGGUGUCUGAUCCUACUGGGGGUGUGUGUUCCUGCCCCCCUCCUGGCACCACCACCGCAACCACAACCACCACAAUCACAACAGAUUGGAAAGAGGCAGUCUUCUUGCUGCUUUGCAUUUAACAUGCAGAGAGGCUAUUGCACCAGAGCCUCGGCUUCUACCACACAGAUCAGCCUCGCUGGUUCUCUGGUCUGGGGCAGGAGAACUUGGGCCCUCUGCUCUUGCAGGGUCCUGCCGUCUGAAGCCACCCCCUCUGGCUGCCUGACUCCCUGAGCUAGGAACGGCUGGAUGGGUGGAUGCCAAACCCUCCCUCCCUUCCUUGCUUUCCCCACCCCAGGAGGGCCCUGUCAACUGCUGGGUCCUCCGCCUCACGUUCUGCCCGUGUAGUUCUUACCCCUUGCACUUGCCAUAACUACUGAAAGACUGGGGUGGCACCAGCACCGCUUUCCCACUUCUUCCCCCUUCCUCCCCUUUUAUUUAUUGCAACGUAAUUCCAAGCUCCUCCACUUUAGUUAUCAGAAGUGCCUCCGUGUAGUAAUAAAGAGUUGGGCUUGGA